AGAAUGUAUCUCACUAAAGAGCAGCUGGAACAAUUUGAAUCCGAUGGGUUUUUGGUCAUUCCAGACUUCUUUACUCCACAGCAAGCUGGACAACUAAAAGACAAGGCCGACAGACUUUUAAAAGAGUUCUCACUCGAGGGACAUCCUAUGACCAAGUUCAGCACUGGCAUGAAUUCUGGAAACAAGCACGUAGGAGAUGACUAUUUUCUUGACUCGGGAGACAAGAUUAGAUUCUUUUUUGAAGAAGGAGCGUUUGAUGACCAAGGAAAACUCAAACAGACCAAAGAAAGGUCGAUUAACAAGAUUGGUCAUGGUCUUCAUGGACUUGAUCCUACAUUCAAGGAGUUUUCCCUGAAUCCCAAAAUUUCGGAUAUUUCAAGACAACUUGGGUUCAAAUCACCAAAGAUACUGCAGUCCAUGCUAAUCUUCAAGCAACCAUAUAUUGGUGGUCCUGUUCCCUCUCAUCAAGACUCUUCAUUUUUGUACACCGAACCAACUUCUGCUGUUGGAUUCUGGUUUGCACUAGAAGAUUGUACUCAACACAAUGGAUGUCUCUGGUUCAUCCCAGGAUCUCACAAAAACACACCCAUUACACGUAGAUUUGUGCGUGAUCCAAGUGGAAAUGGUACAAUUUUUAUAGGAGACGAAGAAUUGAUCGUAGACGAAUCGAAAUAUGUUUGUAAAGAGGUCAAGGCUGGAACUCUUGUCGUACUACAUGGAAGUGUGGUACACAAGUCUGCACCCAAUUUCUCCGACAAGUCUCGGUACAUUUACACCUUUCAUCUCAUUGAAGGUCAAGCAAAAUACCCGGCCGAUAAUUGGCUUCAACCGAGUGAAUCGAUGCCUUUUACAUCAUUAUAAAUAAACAAGAGUACAUUGAAUUGAUCAUUGAAUUGACAUUAAAC